GUGUGAAAAAAGAGCGAAAAAGUUCUCCCCAGUCCCAAACAGACCCGACCUUUCAAUUCCCACCACCCCAAAUCCCCAAUUCUUCUUCCUCCCCCAUUCUAGGGUUUCAAUUUCACUCUCAGAACUCAAACCCCUUGCUCCGCCCCCACCGAUCGAACCCUAAGGGUCUCAAUUCCUCCCAGUCUUUCCUUCAAUUUCAAGCUUUUCCGCCGGUCUAGGGUUUCCGAGAUCAAGAACCAGCAAGAAUGGAUCUGCCGCAAGAAGUUGACGGCUUCAUCAAAGAGUCGAUUGACCACACCCUGGGCCUCCCCGUCUCCGCUCAAACGCUCGAGUUGAAGCUCCGUUGCUCCGAAGAAGCCCGGCGACGCCUUCGCGACCAGUACAGCCUUCUACUGGCGAAAUUGAAAGAGAAGGAUCAAGCUCUGGAGCGAACUAGGGCGGAGGCGUGUAUGAAUGCUCAGGCGUUGAGGAAGUUUGUGGAGGAGAAUCAGAGGCUGGCGGCGGAGUGUGCGCAUUUGGUGAGCCAGUGUAACAAGUUGGAGAAGGAGUGUGCGCUUUAUGAUCAUGACCGAGAGGCGUUGAUGGAUUUCGGUAACGAGGCUGACCAGAGGGCCAAGGAGGCUGAGUUUCGGGUGCAAGAGUUGGAGGAUGAACUUGAAGAGUUGAGGGAAGAGUUGAAGUUCUUCAAGAAUGAGUACGAGAAGCUUUCGGUUGAUUCAUCUGUUGAAGGCUCACCUGUUGAAGACAAACUAGUGGAGUCUGUUUUAGCAACCUUGACCACUGAUGAACCUGGGGCGGCCUGUGCAUAUUUGGAGGCCAAUAGUGGAAAUGAGGCUUGUCAAAGCUUGCUAAAUAUGUGGAAUAGCUUGAGGCCUUCAUCCCAGAAAGUUUUAUCAGUAGUUGCUGAGUUGAAAAAUCUUCAAAAGGAUAAAGAACAUCUAAGGGUCAAUCUUCUUUCUGCUGAAGAGGAGGUCAAAUUACUUUUUGAAGAAAACAAAGUGUUAGAUGAAGCUAAUAAAAGAUUGCUGAAGCAGUACCGCAAGGAAAGAAACAGUUGUGGUUCUGGUGGGAAGCAUACUGAUACUGUAUCAGCAAAGUCAAACAAGCGAAAAUCUAGCUCUAAGAUGAUGAGCAGCAGCCCGAUUCAGGGGAAGAUUGAUUUCAGUGACCAAGAAUUAGCAAGACAGCCUCUCUCACCCUUGCGUUGUAACUCCCCUAACUCAAGACUGCAUAAGAAGCAAUAGGAAAACUUCUGAAAUACUCAUGUAUAUCUCACCUCUCAUUUGUA